AUGGCUUCGCAAGCUUCUGGAAGCAAUUUGAACCGUCCUUCUUUUGCAAAAAUUGUGGCCAUGCCUGCCCCGGCCAAACCACAAACCACUGCAACAAACCCUGGAGAGUCGGAAAAUCAAAUGAAUGCAGAUUUUGAAGGUUCCCGGGUUCCCCAACCCUCCUCUAUCAUGGCCUUGCCGAACCAGCCAGGCUUGGAAGGCCAACAUGACGCACCACUAGAUGCUUAUAUAGAAGGCAUCGAGGGUGGUGUACAGCGAAUUUCAAUGAAUGAGAAGCAUGAGUCAGAGUUUUCUCACUCGUCCGGUGAAGCUCGUGAGACCGGAGUGCUUCAGAGAGAAGCUUCAUUCGACGACGAUCAAACUCAUCUGUCCAACAGUUCCACAAAACCAACGAGUUUUGACUCGAAGAGCAUGGCAUCAGUCACUACAUUUGCAAUGGACGAGAAAGAUUCUCUACGACCAGAUGAUAGUGCAAGUGUCCAGGCAGCUGAUGAAGACGACUCCCUGUCUGGCCCAGCAUCAGGCGCCCCCAAUUCGCUCACCGGCUCCGAAUCUGGUGUAAGAGUAUUUCGCGAUCAUAUCAAAGAUGGAAUGGCUCAAAGAAGUCGCGGGCUAUUGCCUGUGUCCAUCCAGCGAUUCCCAGAUGGAGAUAUUGGGAUCCCAGGCGCGAUUCCACCCGAUUCCGUGGCUAACAAUUUUAUAGUCAACAAUGAUCGGUCUGAAUUUGAGGCUGGAAGGUCCCUCAAUGGAUAUCCUUUAGACCCUGAUGAAAAGCUUUUGGAAGCAAUGAGUUCGCCCAAGGACCGUCUUUUCCUGUUACAACUGGAGGAAAAGAUUCGAAACUUCAUUCAAGAUUCGAAUGAACAAUCAUUAGAAUUACCGCCUUCGAAUGCUUUUGGUCGACUUCUCGCACACAAACUAGGAGAUUAUUAUCAUUUGACGCAUUUCGUGGACAAUAAUGUCACCUCGGUGCGGCUUCAUCGGACGCCAUUCUGCAGGCUCCCAACGCCGUUGUCGCUCCUGCGACCUGUGAAUUCCCACAGUACACCGCCACCUAAUGCACCGGCCAUGAAGAUCAUGCGUCGGAAUGAACAGAGUGGCGACCGGACUCUGGCAGGUGAUGACACUACAGCUAGCUCCUCAGUCCCUUCGAAAACCGUUUCCGAAGCUGGAGAGGAUGGCGGAAAUGAUGAAGACCGCGGGGGAUCGUCUGCAGGAGCGACACCAGCCAAAGAUCGGUCAACAAUGACUCGGGAAGAGCGUGAGGCCAAGUACCAAGAGGCGAGAGAAAGGAUAUUCCGAGACUUCCCAGAAUCCAAACCGGGAGAUUCGCCUAGCGGGGACAAUAGCGCAGAUAUGUCCCGUUCAAGCUCGACUAGCGGUCGUAAAAAGAAUUUCAGGCAGAAAACCCCACACGAUGAUAGCUUCGAAGCUAGAUCUCAGUUCAAUGCAUACUAUCCGGGAAUGCCCUAUACGCCGGGCACGGUAUCGAUGCCGAUGCACAAUGGAACAAUCUACGGUCAACACCCUUACAUGGUUGGUCCGGGUGCGUCGUUGCCUGCCAUGAAUUACGCUCAGGGCACUGCUGGUUCAAACGUGUUCCAGAAUAAUGUGUCCCAGUACCCGAUGAACACGAUGCAUUUGGGCCAAAACCACGCAUGGCAGAACUCUGGUGCACCUCAACAAUCUCCGUUCCAAGGAUAUACUACGCUCAAUCAACAAUCACCAAUGAUGGGACAACAAGCCCAGACGGGCUCAUCGCCAGCAAUGAAUACUUACGCCAUACCCAACACAUCGUCAUUUGCUUCUCAUUCACCACCAUCGUGGACUGGCCAGUCGUAUCAGAAUAACUACACUCAACCCGCUCAGCGAAACGCAUCGAUGAAUUGGCCCGGCUACCCCUCCUCGCACACGAUGGCUGCGAAUGCUAAUCCGUACUCCUCCUAUGGUCAAGUCUCCGGCCAGCACUAUUCGACACCGGCGCAAACCCAAAACACUCAUCCGAUGAUAAGCAACUUCAAUAGAUCCACAUUCAACCCGCAGACUCGGUCCUUUAUACCAACCGGAAACCCAAAUACCGGCCGAUACAGCCACAAGGGAGGAGUAGGCCAUAACGCUAAUGUUGCGUAUAACAAUACCAACUCUCAAGCCAAUGGUCAACGGCAGCAAUGGUCAGGGCACAUGGAGAACAAUGGGCAAUCAAUGGCUUACGGAGCAUCGCAUUCGAACAACCGAGCUAAUGGCAAUACCGCAAGCCCAAGCUCAGUGCCUCGUGGCGCACAGCCUGGAAGCCAUGACUCGAUUGCGAAAUGGGGAACACCAGCUCAUCUUCCCCCCAAACCUCCUCCAUCCGAGGUGCCUACUGAAUUUGAAGCGAAAUCCCGAACGCUUCCCAUACCGGCGAAUUCUUUCCCGAAUAAUAGUAAUAAUAAUGGUACUUCGCAAGGCGGGCCACUGGUUGUUUCUGGAGGAAACAGCGUUUCAAAGUCGAACCCAGACUAA